AUGCGGGCACAACACCAUUUCUCUGUCAAGGUCCCCCUUCCCGGCAACCUUCCGCCUCAAUUCCUCAUUGGCUGGCUACAGAAAUACACCACGACCCUGAAACACAAUUUCUCCGUACUCAGCUUUGUGGAGAUCUCAACUCUGCCGGCGUCGAUUGCAGACGAUCCUUUUAUUGGGCCUUGGGACGCCGCUAUUCGCACAUACCACAUAGAUGAGCUGUACACGCUGAUCCCCGGGCUCACGGUGCGGAUGCAAUGGUCAGCAGUUUACAAAUGUGUGCCUGGCGGUAUUCGGCUGCGCGUGUCCGCCCCUAAUGGAAACGUAAUUCGGUCGCAAUGGAUUGUUCGGCCAUGUUGGGACGGUUCAACUCUAACAAGUCCGGGAUCUGGCUCUACGUCAAGUUCAACAGUUGUGGAGGACAUGUGGGAGCUAUAUGACGAGGGAUAUCUGGAGGGCAAUAGGCUGAUAAUGCCAUUUUCUAGCAGAUAUAUCGACAUGGUGCAUGAUAUCCAAUCAAAGGACAUGGUUGAAGCGGCGUUGCUGGACUUCAUCACUGGGAAAUUCACAUGA